AUGGCUGCAUUAUCGGAGGAAGUAGAGCCCUCGACCCUGGGUGUGUAUGCCCAGCAGCUGCAGCGCUGUCUGCAGUGGGAUCCAGUCAAUGGCGCGGAAGGACAGAACAAGCAGGUUUUUGUCGAGGCGCUGACAGAGAUCGCGGCGCUGCCUUUGGACAGCAUCAGCAUGGAGAUCCGUCGACUGCUGCAUGUACAUCUACGCAACAUUAUUGCUGCACUGAGUGCACGUGACGUUCAGCUCAAGUGCAAGGCUGCGAAUGCGGUGGGCUCAUUGUGCAUUUCGAGGGUGGCAGGCCAGCAACUGCUCGGAAUUUAUGGAGAACAAAUACUAAAGAGCGUCUCGAAAAUGGCUACAAGAAAGAACCAGUGGGUGCAGGGUGACGCCUUCUUUGUUCUCGGCUGGAUGGUGGUCAUUGCAGAUGAAGAAACGCUGACCGCCAUUGCCGAACUGCUACCAACAGUGAUUAAACAUUUGCAUCGUAACAUGGCAUCAAGACGAUCUAAAGCUGCGUUAGCCUCCUCGGAACAGGCCUCUAAUUUCAGAGUGUAUGCGCUGGUACUGCUUCUAAACUUCAGUCAACGACAUGUCGACGUCUUCGCGGAGCAAUUGGAGCAGGCGUUGCCCAUGCUGAAAGACCUAAUACUCAAGCUUCUUGAGCCACUGACGAUCACCCUUCUAAGUGUGCUAGUGGAUCAACUUGAAGGGACUGCUUCUCGACUUUUAGACCUCAAGGUACUACCAUCGUUGCUAAAACUCAAGCGAGUGCUUGAAACGUCAGAGGCUUGCGAACUCGUCGGGGACACAGGCAUUCAAGAAAUCACGGAGAGACUCGACGCAGUUAUCGAAACUCUCCUAAACUGCAGAUAG